GAAAAGAAAAGGAAGAAGAAUAAAGACAUGAUCAGCUUUUUUUCACUGCUAAUCUGUCUCACAUUUGUUGUUAAUCUGGUUUCUACUUUAUUCUUAUUCUCCUCUUCAUAAAGAAACAGGUUCCACUAUAAGUUUACCUUCUCCUGUCUGUCUUCCACCCUCUUCAUAUCAUCUCCACAAUAAUGGCGGCCACUCAAAAAAACAUGGGCUUCUUGGUUUGUUUACUUAUCAUGGCUUUGGAUGUCACUGCUGGGAUUCUUGGGAUUGAAGCUGAAAUAGCUGAAAACAAGGUGAAACAUGUACGGGUGUUGAUUUUUGAGUGCAGAGAAUCAAGCCACAAAGCUUUCAGGCUAGGAUUGGCAGCAGUUGUGCUGCUAAGCUUUGCACAUGUUAUAGCUAAUUUACUUGGUGGGUGCAUUUGCUUUGGGUCUAAAGCUGAAAUGAAUAAUGCAUCUCCUAACAAGCAAUUAGCUGUGGCUUCUCUCAUCUUCUCAUGGAUUACACUUGCAGCUGCAUUCUCAAUGCUGAUCAUAGGAACUCUGUCCAAUGCCAGACCAAAGAAAUCUUGCGGAUUGACCCACCAUCGCCUGUUCUCCAUCGGUGGAAUUGUUUGUUUCAUCCAUGGACUCUUCACGGUUGCUUAUUAUGUAUCUGCUGCAGCCACAGCUCGAGAGAAAAACCAAGAUCUGCAGGACAUACUUAAAACAUUGCAUCUUUCUUUGCCCUUCAGAUUUCCGUUAAUUUUUCAUUUUGUCAAGCGAUCUUAUUAGGAACAUUACUUAAGUUAAAAAUUUCUGAAAUCAAUCAUUAAGGUUGUUGAAGCCUGAUUUGGUUAUUAGGUUUGUUGAUAUGUUCGAUUGAUUUGUUCUAGUGCUAUACAUAACCUGAUUUGGUUUCCCUGA